UCAUAUCCACUUUUGAAAACCCAAAUCCCAAAGUAAAAGAAGGAAGGAGUUGUUGCUUGAUUUCUACUCGUUUCCCAGAAAAUUUUCCUUCGUUUUCUUCUGUUUUCCUUCCCACCAAACAGUUUCUCUGUCUCUCUCUCUCAUCGCCUUUUAUACCUUCCUCUGCUUCAACUUAACUCCGCCAUUAUUAUAUUCCUGUAUUCCUCUCGCAUUCAUUGCUCCGUUGUCUGAGCCGGUAAACGAAAAUCAUGACCGGUUUCUCCCGAUCCAAAUCAGCCGGAGCCGUCGGGUUACCCGAGUCAAACCCGACGCGACUCGGACCGGACUACGGCGAGGUCAGCGGAGAUGACGAGGAAGAAGACGAGAGGGGAAGCUGCAGCACGGACGACGGCGACGAGUCGUCGCAGAACCAGGUUUCGACGCCGACGAGGAACGACGGGUCAGGUCAGGGUCAGGGCCAGCUCACGGUUCUGGACAUUGUGACGGCGGUUCUGCGGAAGUCGCUGCUGGUGACUUGCAGCGUGGAGAGAGGUGACGUUGCGGCGAUGGAGAUCGGGUGGCCGACCGAGGUGAAGCACGUGUCUCACGUGACCUUCGACCGCUUCAAUGGCUUUCUCGGCCUUCCUUCCGAGCUCGAGCCUGAGGUCCCCCCUCGUGCCCCCAGUGCCAGUGUGAGCGUGUUCGGAGUUUCGGCCAAGUCGAUGCAGUGUUCUUACGACAGCAGAGGGAACAGUGUCCCCACGAUCCUUCUCAGGAUGCAGAAACGUCUGUAUGCAGAAGGAGGCCUUAAAGCUGAAGGGAUUUUCCGAAUAAACCCGGAUAACGGCCAGGAAGAGCACGUCCGGAGCCAGCUCAACCGUGGCGUGGUGCCUCGUGGCAUUGACGUCCAUUGCCUGGCCGGUCUGAUAAAGGCAUGGUUCAGGGAGCUUCCGACUGGAGUGUUGGAUCUGUUGACGCCAGAGCAAGUGAUGAGGUGCAACACCGAGGAAGACUGCACUCGGCUGGUCACGUUGCUUCCUCCGGUGGAGUCUGCUCUUCUCGAUUGGGCCAUCAAUCUAAUGGCUGACGUGGUCGAGCACGAGCAGCUCAACAAGAUGAAUGCCCGUAAUGUGGCCAUGGUCUUCGCUCCCAACAUGACCCAGAUGGCGGACCCACUGACUGCACUGAUCCACGCGGUGCAAGUGAUGAACUUUCUCAAGACUCUGAUACAGAAGAUCCUCCGGGAAAGGGAGCAGGCCGAGGCAAAGGCGAGAUCGCUCGAGAAGCCAUCAGAGGAAACAAAACAAAGCCCGUGUAGCCAAAACAGAGAAAGAUCAAGAUCAGGCCACGAGAAGACGGGUAAUCCGAGGUUCUUGAGGGUGGCGACACUCUGCAGGCUAGAGGCAGACAACGAGGAAGAGAUGUGGAAUCUCGAAAAGGAAAAAGAUUUCGAUUCAAGAACGUCGGAUGACGAUUCUUCUGCGGGGUUACGUUUGAUGAGGGAAGGUGUUGAGAGACUGUGUAGACAUCCUGUGUUUCAGAUAAGCAAGCCGCUGAAAAAAGCCACCGUAAAUACUCGGGAUGGAGGAGGAGGAGGAAGAAGAAGAAGAUCGCCAUAGAUGUAGGGUUCAUAAGAAGUUUCUUCCCUGUCUUUUUUUUUUUGAGUGUAAAGAUUGUUGUAUGAACGGUGUGAUAGAUUAUAGGUGUUAGAAACAACGCAUUGCUGUUUUUUUUUUUUCAA